CGAGUACUCUAGACCCGUUUUUACGAAAUCCUUUGACCGAGUUGUCGCUCGUUAUACUUGGGUGUCACAUACAUAUAUGGGAGAUAGUCACCCAAGAAAAUGAUUAUAUUGUGAACGAUCAUCCAUGCACUUCCAUGCACUACCAUCAGUUUUCUAGCAGUAACUCUUAUCACGGCUCAAGUUAAGCAUGGACUGCUGUGACGGUAUUCUAGGCCUUCAAAAGUUCCGGAAGAUGUUUUUGGGCUCAAGCACUGCCCACAGCAAGCCAUAGCACUAGUACUGCCUUCAAGCUUCAAGUUAUUCGCUCCUCGUAGUACAUCCGACGGUCUUACUCUCCAUCUCACCUAUCCUCUAAGCUAAAAUGUACUUGAAGUCGCUCAAGGAUUCGGGCAAGGUCUUCGCAAACGGGCGCACACGACGCGAUGGCUCCAUCCCUGCAGACACCCCUAGUCCCGUUCCCGUCCCUUCGUCAACUCUACCUUCGAAUUCAUCGCCAGGGUACUCCGAUUCUGCAGGCGGAGAACCAGGUCUCGAAGGCUCCACCAAUUAUGACGGUCCUUCCGCCGGAUACUCCCGAGGUCUUCCUGAUAUGGCUCAGCUAGCUUUGCCCUUGGUACAGGCCGUUGUAGGUGCAAUCCCACUUGUCGGGCCUUCGAUGCAAGCGGCUAUUGGUGGACUAUUAACAAGCCUUCAAGCUAUAGAUAGACAUAACCAGAAUAAGGCGGAUCUAAAUAGCUUAGCAUUACGACUCGAUCGACUAAGCCGCGAUUUGUGUAAUGCCCCGCCUGCUCGGGACUCUCUUGAGCAAUCCCGAAGGGAUUCCUUUGUUAGGAUGCUGCAAGAUACCUCAGCCCGAAGUGACAGUCUAUCACCUGGAUGUUUUAUUGACAUCGACCGUUAUCUGGCGGAGUAUCUGGUUGUGUUCCAGUCUCUAAAGAUAGUUUGCAUUCACUCAUACUCCGCUUGUUAGUUGUCGUCCCAAAUGCAAAGUCAACAUGACAUACAUGAAGAGUUGAUAAUCCUACGGAGGCAGCAGGAGGAUCAGCAGAAGCUGCUGAUGACAAUGACCCUGUUGAUCCGUGAACAGUCCUCUGUGGGACUGACUGCAAUACAGUCAACUGGAACUGUUGCACU